AUGACGCUGGAUAAUGAUUCCAGAAGGUCUUCCACAAAAAAUUUGACGAAUGCCUUUGCGAGACGCGGUGCACUGAGGCAGAAAAAUGUUACUGUAGUCAACGGCCAUAAAUUCGUCGCUAAGUUUUUCAAACAAUUCACAUUUUGUGGACACUGCAAAGACUUCAUCUGGGGCCUCGGAAAACAUGGUGUCCAAUGUGAAGCAUGUUGUUUUGCUGUACAUAAGCGCUGCCACCAACUGGUUGCAUUCAAAUGCCCUGGCGUGGACCUAGGUCCUGCCGUUGAUGGGCAUGCUCAGAUACUGUACGUUCCGCAGCACGACUAUGAGCGCGAUGCACAUACGAAAGGACUGGAUGGAUUAGUAAAGGAAGCAAAAAACCUCAUUCCAAUGGACCCGAACGGAUUGGCGGAUCCGUACGUGAAGCUACGCCUUGGUCCCUCUGAUGAACUCAACCGCAAGUUUAAAACAAAAACCAUCAAGUCUUCUCUGGAUCCUGUUUGGGAAGAGGCGUUCACCAUAAACAUUCGCCCGGAGGAUGAUGCGAAACGAUUGCAAAUCGAAGUUUGGGACUGGGAUCGCACGUCUCGUGAUGAUUUCAUGGGCUCCUUAUCGUUUGGGGUUACGGAGUUAGCAAGCAAACCGAUUGACUGUUGGUUCAAAUUGCUGGGGCAAGAACAGGGUGAAUACUAUUCCGUGCCGUGCACAUCGGAAAAUAACACACCGUCUUUCGCCGACCUUGCCGCACAAUACGAGGUAAUUGGCUGUUCAGAUAGCGUGAAUUCUACUUUUUCAUUUCCUCUGCCUCAAGUCUGGUGGUUAGGCAGAAAGUAUGGUAGACUAACGUCUCGUUUCUUGUCUGUACGACAGGCCAACGCCGAGAACCUGUCAGAUCCUGUGACGACGAAGAGUCGGGAUGUCGUUCGAGCUACGGAUUUCAAGUUUAUCAAAGUAUUGGGGAAAGGAAGCUUUGGAAAGGCCAACGCCGAGAACCUGUCAGAUCCUGUGACGACGAAGAGUCGGGAUGUCGUUCGAGCUACGGAUUUCAAGUUUAUCAAAGUAUUGGGGAAAGGAAGCUUUGGAAAGGUUUUCCUAGCCGAGCGGAAGGAUACCGAUGAAGCGUAUGCCGUCAAAAUUCUUCGGAAAGACGUCAUCCUUCAAGAUGAUGAUGUGGACUGUGUCAUGGUGGAGAAACGAGUUCUGGCUCUUCAGAGGAAGCCUCCGUUUAUUGUACAACUCCACUCUUGUUUUCAAACUAUGGAUCGCUUGCAUUUUGUGAUGGAAUUCGUCGCAGGGGGUGAUCUAAUGUACCGAAUUCAAAAGGAAGGAAAAUUCAAAGAACCCGUUGCCUGUUUCUACAGUGCCGAGGUCGCCAUCGGGCUGUUCUUCCUACAUGACCGAGGAAUAAUUUAUCGAGACUUGAAACUAGACAAUCUUCUGUUAGACGCGGAAGGCCACAUCAAAAUUGCGGACUUUGGCAUGUGCAAGGAUGGGAUCAUAGGAGAUGUGACCACGAAGACGUUUUGUGGCACGCCAGACUACAUCGCCCCAGAGAUUUUACGCUACCAGCCAUACGGGAAGUCGGUAGAUUGGUGGUCUUAUGGAAUACUUCUCUACGAAAUGAUUGCUGGUCAGCCACCCUUUGAAGGAGAAGACGAGGAUGACCUUUUCGUGAAUAUUUUGCAGCGUAAUGUCUACUACCCGAAAAGUAUGUCUAAGGAAGCUGCCAACAUUUGUAAAGCACUAUUAGUGAAAAACCCCGAGGGACGACUGGGGUGUGGUCUGGAUGGGAAGUCGGAAAUAAAGGACCAUUUAUUUUUUUGUCGCCUGGACUGGGACAGAAUCGAACGGCGAAUGGUACAACCUCCGUUCAGACCUAAUGUUGUAAGUCGGGGCUGUCAUGAUGCUCUAAUGGUGUUAGGUUGUGUAUUCUGCCCUGUGGCAAUCCUUCGUUUUUUUUCAUCUUGGUGUGGCCCCACAACAAUCCCAGACAACACUUUCCACCAGCCACUGGCCACAUCUGGUUUCCUGGUCAGAUCAGCUCGACUCAAAGUUACCUGUAAACUGGGACUGUUGUCGAUCCGUCUAUUGUUCCUUCACUCCGACACAAGAAGUUUAGUUGUGUUCUCCGUUUAUUUGCAGCUGGUUUGA